AUGAGGAUAUUCGUCACUCCGGAGCUUCUGGAAUGGCCUAAGAAGAACAAGCGCCGCCUCCUCCACGCCGUGUACUGCGUCGGCGAUCUCGAGCGCACCACCAAGUUUUACACUGAGGCUCUUGGGAUGAAGCUGUUGCGGCAGAGGGAUAUUCCGGAAGAGAAGUACUUGAAUGCUUUCCUCGGAUUUGGGCCGGAAGAAACGAACUUUGUAAUGGAGCUCACUUACAAUUAUGAAGUUAAUUCCUAUGAUAUUGGGAUUGCGUUUGGUUACAGAAGAGCUUGGAGGAAAGAUAACAAGAGAGUAGGUAAAGGAUUGGGAAAAUUUCCGGUCACGGCCAUGGAGGAAGAGAAAGAGAGAGACAAAGUCAGAGAGAGGUAA